GCGCGUGAAACUCUCCGGCGAGAUUGUUUUGACCUCUGAAGCUUGAGCGCUCUGAAGUACUGGUCACCUCUGGACCCAGUCCAAUCUCGGUAGGCACCACUUGUCGGCCCUGCUCACGCCAUUUUCACAUCAGAGCGAGCGAAAACAGCCAGAAUGGGUUACAAGGAGCAGACAGGACUUCCUAAUGGGCUUUCCAUGAAGCGAGCCAGGCAAAAUCGGCAGUGGACAACACCAGCCCGGGAGGGUCCUCCAACCAGGACUGAAUUGGUUGCCAAGCUCAAGGUGUCCUCCCUCAGGAAGUACGUGCAUGCCUUUGAUUUGGACAUCUCGCCAAACAGCUCCAAGGAAGACCUGACUGCUGCUGUCCAGAGGCACUGGGCAUCCCAGGUGAUCAAGGAAAACGAGGUCCUCUUCAACCUGGCAGUUGCCUUUAAGAAAAGCGCAGCCAAUGGGCAAUUGUGACCUGUUCAAGAUCCCUGCAGGCCUGGCAAGCUGUCACGCCUCAGUCAUACAGUGUCAAAGUUAAUGUGCCAACAGAGGGUGGACAGCGGGUGAAUACAUUCAAGACAGGCUGCUAGAGGGGACAGUUGUGAUGUAUCAAUGGCUCGGAUUUCUGUUGAGAGCGACGUUUCCAUCCCAUCCAGUGCAGCAACGGAACUCUGUCUUUGUCCAAGCGGAUGUGCGAGCAAGGUCCCUGUUGUGUCUUUGUGAUUGUGUAUUUGCUUGCCAGCAAAUCCACCUUUCAAGGGCUUGUAUGUCUGAGCAUGUUUGGAGGGCAACUGCUGACAGGUGAUUCAGAUAUGCGUCUUGAGAGGAUUUUGGGUUCGCAUAAUAAGAAUGAUUGAGAACUU